UAUAAUUUUAUUUUUUUUGUAUUUUUCUUUAUAGAUAAUAUGAUUGCAAAUGUAUUUGAAAACGAUCCAGCACAAUUUUUGUCAAAAGAUUUUCAGUCAAAUGCAAAUAUUGCUUAUGAAAUUGUUUCCAAAAUAUUAGAAAUGGGACCAUGUCAACCACUUCCAACAGAACUUCCUGGUAGUAAAUAUCCAGUUAUAAAUGGUCAUCGAUUUUCACCAAAAUUGUAUCAUAGAAUAUUACCUGAUGGGACUGUAACAAGACGGAAUUGGUUAUCAUAUUCUAAGUCAACUGAACGUUUGUAUUGUAUUGAAUGUAUACUUUUUCCUGGAAAGGGUAAAAAUGCUCCUAAUAAAGCUUGGGUUAUUGAUGGUUAUAAAAAUUGGAGUACGUGUACUAACAAAAUAGAAAAUCAUGAAAAAACUUCAGCACAUAUUUACUCUUCACUCACACUUAAAAUUCGACAAUCGUCCUUACCAUUGGUACCAUCUAUAGCUACUAAAAAAAAUGAAGAAGUUUUCAUGAAUAGAGAAAUUAUCAAAGAGCUGAUUGACAUAACUCUAUUUUUAGGAAGACACAAUAUGGCUUUUAGAGGGCAUAGGGAAAACUGGCAAAAUAAUAUGUGUGGCAAUUUCAAAGAUUUAUGUUCUUUAAUAUCAAAAUUUUCCCCUGCAAUGGCGACUUAUUUCAGUUCUCUAAAGCAAAAAUAUAAAAUUAACCAACGUACUCAAUACUCAUUUACUUCAUGGCGCCGACAGAAUGCGUUGAUUGAUAUAGUGUCAAAUCAUAUAAAAUCAAGUAUAUCUCUCACUAUAAAAAAUUCAAAGUUUUUCAGUAUUGCCAUAGAUUCGACGUUUGAUGUCUCUCACCGAGAACAAAUUUCUUUUGUGUUCAGAUAUGUAGACGAGGAAAAAUGUGAAAUUAAAGAGAGACUCUUAGCAUUGAAGGAUACUCCAAAAACAACUGGCAACGCCUUGUGUGAAAUUUUCAAAGAAGUUAGUAAAUUAAACAAUUUAGAUUGGACCAAUAAUUUGGUUGGUCAAUCUUACGACGGGGCCUCAAAUAUGAGGGGGCGAUAUAAUGGAUUACAACAAUUAAUACGUAAUGAAAAUCCUCAAGCAAUAUUUAUCUGGUGUUUCAGUCAUCGCUUAAAUUUAAUUGUCGCUGAUGCAGUUAGUGUUUGUUCAAAUGCCAUGGAUCUUUUUGGAAAUUUAGAACGACUAUACGAUUUUAUAUCUAGCAGUAAAUUUCGUGCAGACGUAUAUGAAAAGCAACAAAAAAAACAUAAUCAUGGACAGCAAAUCCGUCGAUUAAAAAGAGUGUCCUGUACUAGAUGGAUGUCUCAUAAAUUUGCAUUAGAUGUUGUACUAAAUACUUAUGUUGCAAUAGUUGAAUGUUUAAAUGUCAUUCGCAGUGAAUCGGGUGACAAAAAAGCUGGUUCAGAAGCUGGAGGUUUUUUAAAUUAUUUUCAGUCAACAAGAUUUGUCUAUACAGCUUAUAGUUUUAAAGUUCUGCUUCAAAUUCUUGAGCCUGUAUCAAGUUUGCUACAAAAAACAGAUUUUGAUUUGUUGGCUGCAUCAUUUUUAAUAAAAAAAAAAUAUGGGGAAAUAACAUCAUAUCGAUCAGAGGAAUCAUUCAAAAUUAUUUUGGCUGAAUCUGAAGCAUUUAUGGAUUCAAUGCAAAAUAUUGAAUUUCAGCCACUUCCAGAAAGACAUGCUAGAAAAAGAAAAAUCAUGUUCGAUGAAGAAGCAUCAGAUGAGACAAUCAGUGACCCUAUAGUUAAUUUUCGGGUAAAUACUUAUUUUGCUUCUGUUGAUCUCAUUUUGUCUGAAUUAAAUAGACGAUUCCUUGGCGAUAACAAUGAAAAUUUAGAACAAAUAUCAAUAUUUAAAGAUUUAUCUCUUCUAUCAAAAAAACGAAUGAAAGAAUUAAAAGCAAACCCAACCCAAUUACCUAAAGAUGCAUUUUUAAUGGUUUGUAAAAUUUAUAAAAAAUAUUUAAAACCAGAAGUCAUUUGUGAUGAAUAUUUAAAUUUCAUACAAUGUUUUGAUGUUUUUCUUAAAACUGAUGAGUUGCCAAAAUAUUUACAUAGUGAUAAUGAUAUAGCUAAAGAUUCAGAUUCUGAAUUAGAAACGGAAAAUUAUGAUAACGAUGUUGAUGAUGAUAGUGAUUCUUUAAAAAAUGAAAUUGAAAAUCAUGGAAGUUUGUUACCAGUAUUCAGGGUUUUUAUGCGCAAUGGUCUUCAUACACUAUUUCCAAAUAUUUAUAUUUUGUUGAAGCUGUCUUUGACCUUGCCAGUUGGAAGUGUAUCAACUGAAAGAAGUUUUUCAAAGUUGAAACUCAUUAAAACUAGACUACGAUCUACAAUGGGAAAUGAUCGAUUAGAAGGACUAAUGAUUAUGUCCUGUGAAAAUGACAUAAACAUUAAUUAUGAAGAAGUUAUUGAAAAUUUUAGUAAAACUAGUCCAUAUUUAUUUAAAGCUUUACAUUAAAAAUAAAAAGUGUUAACUGUAUAAUGUCAUUACAAAAUCUUAUUAUUUUUUUUUUUAAUUAAAAUUUUUGUAUUUCAUUGAGUAUUAAAUAUGUUAUAUUUAUAAUGUAUUGUAAUGAAAUGUAAAGGUAAGAUCUA